AUGCGACGCGUUGUUUUCCAGCUUUUACGCGCGAACCCGCGGUCCUCCAGACAAGCGUCAACGCCCGAUGCGCUUAAAUAUUUCCAUAAAACAAAUUUGUACCUUAAUAAUGGAGACAUAGAGACGACUAUAGAUGAAAAAGAUGAAGCGUCGCGUCGCCUUUACUUUCUUGUCUCGGUAGAUUUGCACAAGGAAAAAUUACGAGAUGGAGAAGGAAACGCAAAGGAUACACCAAUAACAUACAAAGACGAGGACCUCUCGAAUAUUGUGGAGGGAGCGCUAAAGCAAACUGACAAAAAUAAUGAUGGAUAUAUUGAUUAUUUAGAAUACCGGGUCGUUACUGGGGCAGCUUCGCCUGACCUUUAA